AUGGUUUUAUGGUUAUGUUUAACAGAAGGCAGUAAAUCGUUUAAAAGGCACGUUUCUAAUUCAAUUCUUCCGAUUACUGGCGAUCCUAGUUAUAACAUUUCGUCAUGGGUUCGCCAAUUACACUUGCAGCAAUGCGCGAUUGUUGAAGUUGGAGAAAAGUACUGUGGGGUGUACGUAGAAUUUCGAACUGUAUCUCUGCUAAUGGGAACUGACGUGCAAGAGUACUUUCUGGGAUUAUGCGAUGCAGAAACACUGCGAAAAUGGAAUUUUUGUUCAGCAGAUUUAGCAAAAGAACGCCCGUAUGAGUGUACAUUCGAUAUAGACAUAGAAAAGUCGGAUAAUCCCUCCAGAGUUCACCGACGCUUGUGUGAUAUAACGGGUUUGGCAUUUCACGGCGAAUUAUGCAAUUGCAGUCGAGAAUUCGGAGGAGAAAAACUCCACCGUGUCACAGGUUUCCCCACGUGCUUUCUCCCACCACUACCAGAAACGUUAUGUGAGCCCAGAAACGUUUGCGGAGUGGCAUCGUGCAAUGCUAGCACUGUAAAUCACCAAAUUCACACAGUAAGCUGUAAUCCUAAGUGUAUGGGGGGUCAACCGUUCUGUGAAUUUCCCGGAACCACUACUGCUCAGGCCCCUAAGAUUGAAUCAUUCUGGUCGGACUGGAGUGAAGAUUAUUUUGACGAUGAGACAGCAUCGAAUUCUAAAGAUUUUAGAUACACACAAGCCAUCUGCAUUAACAAAAACAGUGGACUGGGUGCAAUUGACUGUUUGGGUCCCGGAAGCAAUUGCUGUCCUCCCGGCACGGAAGAAUGCAAAUGUUUCAUCUAUAUAGAAGACGGAAUACUUAAAUUGUCCAGAAGACACAAAUCAAAACAGUUAAAUUCGAGGGAGACAGAAUGGGAGUACUACAAGAAUAUAAUGAAACAGAGACAAAAUACCUACAGCCGAAACAUAGGGUUGAAAAGGACGAGACUGCUGAUAGGUAGAGAUUACGAUCUAAGAAAACGCGAAGAAGAGGAAUAUGAUGAGGGAGACAAUGAUGAAGAAGAUACUGAUGCCGAAGAUGUUGUACUUGAGGAAAGCACUGACGACAUUGAAGAUCGGGUCGCUACAGAGACAUAUGACAAAGACGAAAAUAAAGAUGGAAUAGUAGACAUACUACAGGAAAAGAAUGCAUUUGAAGAUGCUUCAAGUUCCGCAAGGAACCAAAACAUCAGUUCAAGUUGCACUCGGAGCAAGAUUGACAGCGACAGGCAAGAUGAGAAUGUUACGAGCGUAGGAGAAAUGUAUAGAGUAUUCGUAUUUCCUCCCCUUUAUCUGUACUGCAUCACCGCCCUAAACACAAAUCACGAAUGUCGACAACACAUUUCUGUGGGGUUUCUCAAUUGUUACCAUUACUUUAGAUACAGAACAUAG